AUGAUCGGAAAAGACUCUGGUUCAACUCCCGACGGUGAUUCACGAGCUUUUGCAACGUUUCCAUGUCGUCGACGGAAGGGUUUAGUUGAAGCCCGAAAGAGAAAUGUCUUCUACGGUCAAGAUGACGUGACGGAUUUGAUGUUUAGAGAAGACGAAGUGGAACAAGACUCGGUGAUGAGAGCUUAUAGAAGUGACGAAGCCAUGAGAACGAUCCAAAACACGAAACGAAGCGGAAGCGGAAGCAGAAGAAGAUUAUUUUGUUGUGAAUGUUUUGACUUUCUUAGACUUGUUUUCUUUAGAGAUCGAAACUAA